UACCACAAACAGUUCUAUAUAUAAUACAUUCUCAAAGGUGUAUUAUGCUAUCAACCCUGCUUAUAAAUUCAAACCUUGGUUAGUCCGGCCUCCAGCACACGCAGAGAUCCAAAGCAGCUUGAAAUCACUGAAUCCACUGUUGGAAGUUUGGACAGGAGUGAGCAUUAACGUGAGGACAAUGUUUAUAACCAGCUACUCGGCCAGACUUGACAGAACAAAGGUUACCAACGCCUUAAGAAUGGCAUGGCAAGACAAAAACCAUUCCAUGAAGGUCGGCAUUGUAGAUGUACAACAAUAUACGGAUGCAAUAUGGAAUCUGAUCACAAAGAUCGACUACUUUAUACAUAUAAAUGGUACAAACCCUGAAGAAUCUGGUUACACCCAGCCUAAAGACGCCGAACUGACGAAACAUUUACAGACAGCUGGUAUUAGAGGAAACGUGUGUUCUUGUAAAGGUCUCCGACAUCACAAACUGUAUCUGAACAGUGGAAAGAAAACGUUGAAUCAUACAGCUGUACAGGGCGCAAUUAAAUCGGCGUGGUUGGAUAAGAAUAAUGAGACUAAAGAAUUGAUUAAGAUAAUUGAAGUAAACAUCAAGCAGGCUGGAAAAGCAAGAAGGAAACGGGCUGCUGUAAGAGGAAGUGAGCUAGUUGACAGCAAUGGUGAUACUGUGUUUCCCAUUGACUACACGGUGGCGGUGGACGGACAGGAAGCCAAUCAUCUGUACAUCACUGAACCCACUGACGACGAGAUUAAACAACGUCUGCAGAACGCAGGUUUCAAGGACUGCGAAUGUGAACCCAGCAAGACGGGGACAGUUAAAUUAAAGGGUCAGACAAGAGACGACGAGAAGGAGAACCUCAAACAAGCCAUCGCUGAAGCAGUAGCAGCAGCAAAUCCAGAUAUCAAACCAGAAGAUUUGGAUGUAAAAAUUCUCGACAUCAAGAAUAACAUAAAAGAUGAUAAAGGUAAUCCAAUAUCUUCAGUGCACUACGCUGUCAGUCGUAAAGAUGGUGAGACAGUCGAAGCAAUACGCCAUCCGUCUGAUGAUCAGAUGAUGGCUGCCUUGAAGCAGACUGGCAGAUCACUUGCUGGCACUCCUGAUCCUGCAAAAGAUGAGGGAGCCGAUUGGCAGGCUCCAGUCGGAAUAGUGUGUGCAGUACUGGCUGGCAUCUUCGUUAUGGGAAUCAUGGCUUACAUCGUUAAAUCCAGACGGCACAGAAAACGAAAACAUUUCAAACAACAGCAGAGAGAUGAGGAAACAAUAACUCCCAGCCCACGUAAAGAAUUCGACAGCCUCCAAAUUCCUAGCCCUAACCCCUACCAGCCUAGCCGGGACGGCCAUGAAGACCUCCAGAAUUCCAGCCAACACGAUUACGAACGCUUGCGGCAUCCCAGUGAACAUAGCCAUGAAAGCUUGCAACAUCCCAGCUAUGAAGGAGUCAAUAACUUACACCAGAGUGAAUCAGAAGCCUUUAGUAAUCCAACGUAUGAACACAAUCCAUCACCACAAGAAUUCGAACUAUCUGUGCGUAUGUAAAGCCCAGUAGUAUUGUACAGAGUGACCGAGAUGUACCAACAUGUUUAUGUUCGGUUAAGGUCCAGGGAUGACCAUAACCACAAGUUAGAAGUAAAUUACUCUGACAGCUCAUUUUGAUGACAACAUAAUUACAAUUAUAAUUAUAAUAAUUAUAUAAGUCGACUUAUGGUAGGCAUGAGUUCUGUGGGUACUACUAAACCAAAUAACUUCCGGCUGGUUCAAAGUUCAAGGUGCACCUAACUUUUGCUAGAGAAGUUAACACCACAAGUCCUGUGAUUGGUGAUAAAUGUGAGCCAGCUGUAUUACCCAGUGUUACUAGUUAAAUACUAUGCUGGAUUACAGCUUGUAGGAAUACAUCCAAUAUACAUAUUGUAUGCAUCUGGAUUAGAAAAUAAUGCAAGAAAAUAGAUGUUCGGGUAAUUAUGUCAUUUAAAAUUAGUAAUGAAUCAAAAAUAAUAUGUGAUCAUAAUUCCACAUAUGACAAAUAUUUAAAACAUCCAACUACAGUAGGCUGUAAAUAAAAUAUAGUCAGGAAUAUUGGUGGAUGCCAAUGGUUUUGAUGGUCCAUUAUGGAAAUCAGCAUGGCUGAUGAAUUUGAAAUUCCCACAACUGGUGACUUGAAGACACACCAGCAUACAUGAUUGCCCCCUGCCUCACACAAUACUGUUCAGGACAUUAAGCCAUUAUUUCAUACAGGUGCAGUCAUGUUUAGUUUUUUCUUCCUCAGACACUGUAUGAUUUAAUAGUGAUAUUUCUUUGAUGUGCCUGUUAAUGUCUUAAUAAUCUUAAGGUCAGUCAAGUACACGUGUUUCAGUGGAAUUCUUUAAAGAAAUUGAGGUACUCUGAAUAUCCAUGAUGUCUCUACAUACAUAGCUGAACACACACACUCAACUGAUAGUCAGAAGUAUUAUUUAAAAACAUCUUUUUUAAUAUGACAUUUUUCAUUUGUACAACACUGUAUACAAUGUAUAU